AUGUUGCGAUUAAAACAAAAGCCAGACUACGUCGAUUUGGACGCCAACUUCCAGGCGCUCCCCAAAUUCGGCCAUCUCUCCAAGAAAAAUCCCAUCUACGAGGCAGCCGAGGGCGCUAUUGAUGCAGCUUACUCGACUCUCUGGGCGCAGCCAGACUUUCCCAGUUUCCGGAAAGCUGCCGGCGACGCAGACGCCGUCAUGCCUACCGGCGGCCCUGAUCGGUACCGAGACGUGACGACCGAGCUGAUGCACUUCAAGGCUCGAGAUGGACACGAAGUUGAGCUCAAAGUCUACAAGUCGCCGGAAGUGGGACCGAAUGCUGUCCUGAUGUAUCGUAUGCAUGGAGGUGGAGGAUGCGUAGGACGCCAUGAGGUUGAUGGCGCCGAGAACGUUUACGCUGCCACGAACAAAAACAUUAUUGUUAUCAGUGUGGAUUAUCGAAAGGCACCAGAGAAUCCAUUUCCUUGCGGGCUGAACGAUAGUUACGACGGUCUUCUAUGGUGCAAAGAGAAUGCGAGCAAGCUUGGAGUGGAUCCUGAGAAGAUAAUCAUAAGCGGCAGCAGCGCGGGAGCUAACCUUGCCGCUGCCCUUGCAAUUGAAUGCAGGAACAGCGGCGUCACAGGCGUGCUGGCUCAAGUCCUGCACUUCCCCAUAACCUGCCAUCCCAAGUUCUUCCCCCGGGAAAAAUAUGAGUUUGGCAGCUACAUCCAGAAUAACGACAAUCCUGUUCUGAAUGUUUGCCGGAUGGAAACAUUUCUUGACGCAUACAUGCCCGACCCCUAUCCUGACUACCGUCAAUCACCAUUGCUGGCUGAUUCUCUGAGAGAUCUGCCCCCGGCGCUCAUCCAAUGCGGCGGUUUCGAUAUUUUGCGCGAUGACGCCUUUGCAUACGCUGAAGCGCUAGAGGAUUCUGGAGUGAAUGUUGAGCUUCACUGUUACCAGGGCUUGCCACACUGCUUCCCUGCAAUGUUUACAGAUUUAACUGAGACUUCUGAAUUCUACGAGAGGUAUAACAGGUUCUUGAGGCAGCACACGGAAACCCCGAAAGCUGGUGAUGCAUGA